UAUUAUUUGACAAAUUUAUUUUUUUGAGAAUAAAUCUACCAUCGAUCAAAAGUUAAGGGUAUUUUGGUAAUGUUUUUUUUAUAACUAUGGACAAGUGCAAUUUCGACCAGAAAAAUAUUUUAAUAAUUUUCAAAAAACAAAUGAGUCAUUCUAGUAAUAACACAACUAAUUUGUGUCAUUUAAGUAAACUUUCCGGCACCAUAAAUUACUUAUAAUGACUCAAAUAAUACAUGUAAUGACUAGAAUAACCCAUAAACUUUUAUCAUUGCUAGACUAAUUUUAGGGCGAAAGAAAGUACCGAAAACCCAUCCAUGCUCGUUUAGAAGUUUUAGAAGGAGCACUACUAAAAAAUCCCUAAAAUUUCUCUCAACUCGAGCUUUCUGAUUUUUCGAAGGUGCGAACAGAGUCCUCAAUGUUGGUGCGCAUUGACCCUACUGGCUCUUGAUUUGUGUGCGCUUGAGUCUCGCAGCAACCGUGAAGAUUUGUCUAUGGGUACUGUUUUUGUAUCACGUGUAUACGCUCACUCACUUCGUUCGUUGUGCUACUGAUGGAAGCGCUUUUAAGAAAUGGUAAUAUUUUUGAUUCAUCGAUUUGAGUUUUCUUAGGGUUCAAACUAGAUUCGUCAUUCUCUGUUUUGGCUUUAAUCUUAGUGAGGGAUGUGGUGUUAUUAUGAUAGUGAUUGCUCUAUUUGAUAUGCACGUGUGCGGAGAGAAACGAAGGGAAGUGAAGAGAUUCAACUUGAAGAUGAACCCAUAUCACCCUUUGUCUUCUUCUUUUAGGAGAAGCUACGUUGAGAACAAGGAGGAAGCUUGAAGAAUAUGUUUCAUUCUUUGGAAGAACAUGUCAGGAGAGGAGGAGAGGUAUCAGCGUUUCACAAUCACUCAGCUCAUAUAUUACUUUCACAAAAUCCUCCUAUCUAAUUUCCUCGUUAGCUUCAGGUAAUUCACUACCUUGAUCAUUAUCCACUUCAAAUAACCAGUUCUCUCUUUCAAAUCUUCAUUUUCCGCAGACGAAAAUAAUAAUGUGAUCCAUGUUUCUCCAAGCAAUAAAGAUUGUAACAAGUGAUAAAACCACCAUGAAAGGGAAUAACUUGAUAAGGAAGAAAAUAUGGAUGAAAGAGAUGACGACAGUUACCAAAAAUUACCUAAUUCUGAUCUUAAUUAACCUAAAAAUAAACAAGUUUCAAAAUUAAUAUAACCAAGGUCGAAAUUGAACAUUAAACUAAGUUUAGUUGACAUUAACCCAGAUUUUCGUCAAUAAAUCUGCCACAUCAUAAACUAAAAAGUUUACGACUACAUAAAAUAAAAAAUAUGCCAACUAUUUUAAGUCAGAUAUAUAAAUUUGCCAUAGAAAAUAAGUCGGACAUAAGAAAUUAAGUCGGUACAUAAGAAAAUAAGUCGGUCACAAAAGUCUACCACUUAUAACAAAUCUGCUAUCUUAUUUGUGUUUUCCAUUCAAAUCGGACAAUUAACUCUGUCGUAGAAACAAAUCUGACGGUUUUAGGAAAGGCUGACACCACUUUAAUAGUAGAUUUAUUUUUCUAAACAGAAUUUCUAAACAUAUUACUUAAUAGAUUCAUUUUUUAAAAUAAAUAUGUUGACAACCAGCGGCUAAGAAUACUUUAUUAAUGUUUUUAUGUUAUAACUAUGGGUAAGGGAAAUUUUGAACAGAAAAAUAUUCUAAUAAUUAUCGAUAAAUAUGAAUCAUUUUAAUAAUAACACAAUAAAUUUGAGUCAUUUUAGUAAACUUCCCUAAUUUUUUUAGUCACAUUUUUUUAUGAAGUUACACUAGAAAACUCAUCUCUUCUUUAAUUUAUCUUCCCUUCUUGUAUGGGAAAACAGAAACUGAGACAGAAUAAGAUUUGAAUAAGAAGGCGGUAGAGAAUAAGAACAAAAUCGGAAGGGAUGUAUGGAUCACUACGGAAAAUAUAAUCUGUCCUUCAGCUUUUUUUGGUUACCAUUCAGAAGAUAAUAGUAUCAGCUAGACGUCAAUGCUCAAGAAUUUUCUCGAAAAAUGAGGAGACAUUGAAUAAAAUUUUAAUGGGAUUAAGAAGAAUUGAAUGAUAAAAUCCUUAUCAUACUAUCUUCUAAAUGAGUUUAUCUUCAUCCUUUAAAUUUCCCUUUGACUUUAUCGACCAUAAAAUAUUUAAGAGACUAAUAGUCAACAAUUUGAUUGUUUUUUAUAAGCAAACUUAAAAAGACUUGCGUCAAUUUAAUAAGACUAAAAGCCUUGAACGUUAAAGAGAAGGUUAUUGUUGAGUUAUAUGCAUAAUCAUAAGGCAAAAGCAAAAAUUAAUGUGUUGAUGUUGAGUUGUAUGCAUAAUCAUUUUAAGAGUAUGGAAAGAAAAGUUAAGUUGUUGAUGUUGAGGUUUAUGCAAAAAACCCAACUUUUUAGUUUCGUCGGUGGGAACUUGAUUUAAAUUUCAUAAACAACAAGGGGAAACUGCCAAGAAGCAAAGGAAAAAAGAAAAAGAAAAUCGUUUAAAUCUGUUCAGAGCGUUUUCCUCCUCCUUCACAAUUUUCCUAUUGAGUGAACUUCAAGGCAAGAAAACAGAGGGAGAACACAAUGACCAGUUUGUUUCCAUCAACGAAAAAUCAUAUCUCCUAUAGAAUCAUAUGGAUGAUCUUUGUGAUCCCUUCUUGUGUUUACUCGGCUAGUGUGGAGCUUCACAGACUCUGCAGUGCCCCGUUUAGCUGCGGUAAUCAAGAAGGUCUUUUCUACCCUUUCUGGAUAUCUGGCAGAGAAGCAUGUGGCCACCCCGACUUCAAACUCAACUGUAGUGGAGGAUUUGCGGAGUUUACCAUCUCCUCCGCAAAGUUCAUAAUCUUGGAGGCAAACUCUACCUCUCGUGUCGUAAGACUCGCUAGAUCGGAUUAUACAGGCGAUCUCUGUCCACCAUACCCGCUAAACUCGCCGUUGUUCAACGAAUACGUCCUUCCAUUCGCUACCGGCACCGAGAUGAUGACGAUAUACUACGGAUGCCCGGAGGCUUCGCAAACUGACUCUACUUACCUUGGUGACCUCGAUUGUGAAGAUGACGAUGAUGAUGAUGAGAAAAGUUACUAUGUGUCGAGAAACCGAUCGUCUCUUGCACUUGGUGAGAUUUGCAAACGUCACGUCAGCAUUCCCGCAGAUGGAACGUCUCUGAACACACUGCAAAGCGUUCCAACUCUAGGUAGUCUAAAGAAGGUUAUCGCGGAUGGUUUCAAGCUUGGAGCUAACAGAGAAUGUUGGGGGUGCGAAUAUUCUAAGGGUGCUUGUGGAUAUAAUCAGAGCUCAAAUGGAUUCGUCUGCUAUUGUAUUGACGGGCAUCAAAAUGUUACUUGCGGUUCUUCAAGCUGGAAUAAAGGCCUCUCUACUGUAGCAAAAGCAGGAAUCGGAACUGCUUUAGGUUUGGUGGGAAUCAUUCUUAUAGCCGGAGGUUUGUUCUGUACGUUCAAACGGAGAAAGAAAACACAGGCAGCUGAAUACAUUAGCAAAGACUUGGUCAUCACGUCUUCGAGUAAGGAAGCAUCAAACAAUCCAACUUCCACAACAGUUUCAUACACCGAUCUCCCUCUUCUCCCCUCAGUUUCUAGCACUGCAAACAGAAGCGUCUUCUUUGGAGUUCAAGUCUUCAGCUACGAAGAACUCGAGGAAGCCACUCAAAAUUUCUCUAGAGAACUCGGAGAUGGCGGAUUCGGUACAGUCUACUACGGCGUGCUCAAGGAUGGACGAGCCGUAGCAGUGAAACGACUAUACGAAAGAUCGCUAAAACACGUCGAACAGUUCAAGAACGAGGUCGAGAUCUUGAAAUCGUUGAAGCAUCAGAAUCUUGUGAUUCUCUACGGAUGCACAUCGAGACAUAGCAAAGAGCUUUUACUUGUCUACGAGUAUAUCUCAAACGGAACCCUCGCAGAUCAUCUCCACGGAGAUCGCGCUGAAUCUCGUCCUCUUUGCUGGUCAGUUCGUCUAAACGUUGCGAUCGAAACCGCAAGCGGUUUAGCAUUUCUCCACGCAUCCGGGAUCAUACAUAGGGAUGUGAAGACAACAAACAUUCUCCUGGACGAGAACUACACGGUGAAAGUAGCUGACUUCGGCCUCUCUCGGUUGUUUCCGAUGGAUCAAACUCACGUCUCCACCGCGCCGCAAGGUACUCCGGGCUAUGUAGAUCCGGAGUACUUCCAAUGUUACCGUCUAAACGAGAAGAGCGACGUUUACAGCUUCGGGGUCGUGCUAGUAGAGCUCAUCUCUUCCAAAGAAGCUGUAGACAUCACCAGGCAAAGCCACGACGUCAACCUCGCGAAAAUGGCUGUUGCCAAAAUCCAGAGCAACGCGUUGCACGAGCUCGUUGAUCCGAUCCUGGGAUUCGAGAAGGAUCCAGAGGUGAGGAGGAAGAUGAUGUCGGUGGCUGAGCUUGCGUUUCGAUGUUUGCAGCACGAGAGGGAAAUGAGGCCGACGAUGGAUGAGAUCCUGAAGAUCUUGCGAGGGAUUAAGGAGGAGCAGAUCGGCCAGGAUGUGGUGGAUAUUGGCGGGGUUGAUGUUGGAUUGCUCAGACUUAGUGUUCCUCCGCCGAUAUCUCCUGAAACUGAUACGUGGACGAGCAAGAGCACUUCAGAGGAUAUGGAGGCUAUUCCUUUUUGACAAGUUAUUAUUACGGCUUGUAAGUGAGUUUUUAAUUUAUAAUUUCAUGUAAUAUCCUUAUCUAUGUGUGAUUACGUUUUUGGCUACCAAUAAAAACGGUGAUGCUAAUACGUCUACACUCCUACUAUCGUAGGUCUUAUUUUUCAUGUAUGUGCAAUGUCAGAAAAAACAACAUAUAACAUAUGUAAUUGGUAAUGCUGAUUCAGUUAAAGUUCGGAUA